CCAUUUACAACCUUUAUUUUCUCACUCGAGUAUCAAACAAAAUGACACUAAUACUAUUAUGCACUCAUUUUAAUAUAUUUUUCCAUGCAAAAAAUAUGAAAAGAGUAAAUGUUGGAGUUGAGUUGCGAGUUAUGUGAGUUACAACUUACAAGACGAAGGAAAAGGAAACUUUGACAAAUUACUUUCAUGUGUUCCAUUCCACGAAUUUGCAUUUAAAUACAAAAAAAAAUAUAGAAUUCAUUUUUUCCAUAUAUUAAAAUAAAUAAUGUGACAGAGCAUAGAGGUAUAAGAGAUGAUAGAGCUACAGUUUUGUUUCAGUCGUACUAUUUUGUGCUCUUCUUCUUCGGACCCUUUAAAGCUUCCGAAUCUAACUGCUUCAAUCAACCAAAACAAUAAAAAGCUUUGAUCGGACCAAGAUUUCAUAUAAUAUAUGUUUGUGUGUUUCUUUGCUAACUUCUUUUUCUCUCUCUACGACAUUGUUUUAAGGUUUCUUUCGAUAUGUCUAAUCAAAAUAGAAAGUACCUCGGUUCAAAGCCUCGUGGACUAUUAUAAACCAACACUCGAGGCUCGAAGAUUCUGUUUGAGCAGUCACCUACAGUUCAUGACUAUAUUAAUCUAAUCUUAUUCAUUCAUGUAGCAAAAGCCAAAAAACGGCAUAAAAUGGUUGCAAUUAAUCCAAAUGUUUCGUUCUAGUAGCAUAAUUCAAAAAAUUAACAAAUUUCUAAUAUCACAACAAUUUUAGAAGGCAAAUACUGGAAAAAUAAAACAAAAAGGGUCCAAAAGUUAUUCGAUUUAAUCCAUGAUUUUCCAAAAUCAAAUUUUUGAUGCAAGUCUGGUUAAUUUAGCAUUAUAUUUUUUUUAAUGUCUAAUAAAUAGUCUAAAAUCCAAAAACUUGUUGCAUAUGACCUAACAACCCAUUUUUGUUAAUAAUUUGACAACAUGCAAUGUGCCAAUAUAAACAAACCUAUGGGUAUAUUAUGUUUGAUAGGAUCAACCUACUUUUAUGUCAAACAUAUAAUUUCUAUUUAAAUGUUAACAGCAAAAUUGGAAAUUUAAAACCGAAAUUAGAAAAGAAAAACCUAUACGUUUUCUGAUAUCUAAAAUCUCAUCGAACUUGACCUAAAAUAUUCAAAUUUUUAAUAAUAUAGGAAAGCCGGUCAAAUAUUUUCAGAAACGCAUCUUUGAUCGCAGCAUAUGAUUUCUAUUUUUAAAAUUUAAGAGCUUUAACUAAUCGAGACUCAAAAAUAAGACUCUGUUAGUGUGUUAUCAUCUAAACGACACCGUUCUGUCUCUCUCGCUUUUCGAUCUUCCUCCGUCUCCUCCCCUGCCGUCGUAACUUUCUCGGCUUCGAUUUUAAGAUUCAGUAGGAGUAAGAGAGAGUCGAAGGCUUCUAUUGUUCAAUUCAAUAUUGUUGUUGUUGUGACUCUAAUCGAGUAUACAGUUGAAUCCCUCAUGAGUUCUUCGAUAAGCAAUUUGCCAGAUGAGGUACUUGGCAAAAUCUUGUCUUUGCUUCCGACAAAAGAGGCUGCUUCCACAUCAAUUCUGUCCAAGAGGUGGAGGAAUCUGCUGAGUCUUGUAGAUAACCUUUGCUUUGAUGAUUCGAUGGUUGUGUAUCUCAACGAAGAAGAAGCUUUAAGUGGUUCUCAUCGCUUCUCUGAUUUCGUAGACAAGACAUUUGCUCUGUUAGGCAAUUCACACAUGAAGAAAUUAUCUCUCUGUCAUAUACCUACACCUGACCGUUACGAUGCAUACCAACGUUGGAUAUGGACUGCAAUGGAACGUGGUUUACUGGAACUAUACUUGCACGCCUAUACACGCUAUCUUGGUGGUGUUGAUAUAGAGACAGAUUUGUUCACGAGCAAUACACUGGUCAAGCUCACACUAUCCGGUGGAUAUGCUCUUGAAGCCAAACGCGUGUUUUUCCCAGCGCUCAAAUCACUUACUCUAUAUUUAACUUCAAGGCUUGAUCAUCCCAACUUUUGUCGGCUCAUCGAUGGCUGCCCUGUACUGGAAGAACUGUUCAUAUGUGAAGCUGAUUCUUGGGAUAUGCCAUGUUGCGGUGUAGGUGUGGAAAGUGCAUCCAUCAAGCGACUUGUGGUUUCUGUCAAUCUUCCGGGUUCUAAACACGAUCACGAUGUAACUUAUUUCAAAGCAGCAAGUCUUCUUUACCUUGACUAUUCUAGUUAUGUCUCUGAAAAUUAUGAGUUAACUGAUUUGGGUUCGCUUGUCGAAGUCAGGCUGAGUCUCCGGUUAUGGGACUCAACUAAAGAUUAUGAUUAUUCUGAUGAAGAUGAUGACUAUUAUGGUUACUAUUAUGAUGAUGAACCGGCUAUAUUUGGUGAUAUUACAAAUCUAGUUGCAGGUAUAAGCAACAUUACGACCCUUCACUUGUCUCCCGAUUCCCUUGAGGCGUUUCAUUUCUGUUGUGAAUCCAUGCCCAUGUUCAACAACCUCCUUAAUUUAUCUAUUGAGAGUAACAAUGAUAAAGGUUGGCAAGUAAUGCCACUUCUCCUCACGAGUUGUCCAAAUCUACACACUUUAGUCUUCAAGGGUCUUGUACACAGAGUAACAAAUAAAUGCGGAGACGCAUGCGCUUGCAUCCCUAAGACGCAGAAGCAUGAGAAAAAGAAGAAGAGGAAGAUUGUGAAGGAGGAGGAGAAAUUAUGCUGUUUAUGGACAUGUCAAGUGAAGGUGCUAGAGAUUUCAGAGUACGGUGGUUCUUUUCAAGAGCUGAAACAGAUGAGACACUUCUUGGGCAAGUUGGAGUGUCUUGAAACUGUGAAAGUUGGUGUUGCUGCGGACAACGACAACAACACUGAGUUCUUGCGAGCUAAUCUGAGGACUCUCUCCAGACUUUCACCAAAGUGCAACAACAUCCAAUUCGUCUGACCUUUUCUUUCCUUGGUCUUUUUCGCUUUGACGUGGGAAUGUGAAAGUAACUUAGCAUGUAUAGUAGUAUAUGGUUAUAUCACUAUAAUCAUAUAUAUGAAAGGAGAUUAUCUCUCCAUAUGGUCGCCACGUCAGCAUUUUAGGCUCUUCUGGAGAUGUCACAUCAGCUUUCUUUCCAUCCAAUUAAAACAUUUCAUUAGUAUGAGUUAUCUUUUAUUUUUUA